AUGCUUGAGCAUGUUAUAUACAUAAGUGCUCUUUCACUUAUACGAUAUUGCUUGACACCUGAUGCUAAUAAUCGUGCUACAACAAAAGAUAUUCUUCGUCAUGAAUGGUUAGCAAAUGGACCUGUUCUUUCAUUAAAACUUAAUUCAAUAACACCAACAUCUAUUCCACUUACAGAUCAACAAUCAUAUAAAGAUUAUGAUAAAAUUCCUUUACGUACAAAUUUACCAACAACAUACAAUGAAAAAUCGGUAUCACCAACAAGUUCACUUGUUGAUCUUGAACUUCAUACAAGUUCAUUUUUUGAUACAACAAAAAUACAUGAUAAUAAUUUAUUAAAAACUACUGAACAACAACAACAAUCACAACGACGUAAUCGAGCAUCAGUUGCAUCUGAUUCAACACGUUAUUAUUCAUCAACAUCUCGUCCUUCAGAUCGACGACCAUUGAGUUUAUCACUUGAUGAUCAAUAUCCAAAUAAUCCUAUAGAUUAUCAUUUUACAUCAACAAGUGAAAAACCAUCAUUAUUAUUAACACAACCACAACCAUAUAUUCGUCGUUCUCGUCGAACUGUUUCACCAACAUCAACAAAAACGACAUCAUCAUAUGGUAAUAAUGAUCGAAUGAGUUCUUCACCAAUAAGUUAUCGAUAUUCAUUAGCAACAUCAUCUGAUAUAAAAAAACCACCAUCACCUAUUAGUCCAUCAAUUUAUCCUGAUUCAUAUGAUUGUGAUACAACAUUACGUGAUUUUAAACGUAAACCUAUUUUUAAAUAUACACCACCAAUAAUAUCAUCAACAAAUGAUUUAAAUGUUGUACCAAGUCUUUCAAAUUCAACAACACCUGUUGCACCAUCUGUAUUUACAACAUCAGCAAUUAAAUUUGCUCCAGCACCUAUACGACGAAUGAGUCCAACUAAUGAUCAAGAAAAUAAUAUUAAUAGUUCUUUAUUGAGUACAGCACGAUAUUUAAAUAAUACAAUAUCUAAUCCAUCUUCUAACAUUGAUGAUAGUAUUAAUACAGCUACUACUAAUCAUAAUAAUCGUCAUGCAUUAUUAACUUCAUAUGAAACAAAUAAUUUACGAAAAAGUCGUUUAUUAGACGAUAACAAUAAUUUGAUAUCAUUAAGGGUGCAUGAUUAA